AUGGCAGUCUUGCCGAAGGACAAUUUAAUACGAAGUUUAUUGGGAAUGAUAAUAAUUUCUGAUGAAUUUCUCGAUCAACUAAAAUCAUCCAACAAGUCAACUGCGUCCGCUAGUAUCUAUCUAUCGUACAAUUUACCCAGAAGUAUAGAUGAUAAAAUUUUACAAAAAUUAAAAGAAUUUCGUGAGACUUCUUACAGAGGAGCAUGUCAUUCAGCUGCGAGACAUAUUGAACAUUUGUUUGAAUUUGCAUCACGUAUAUUACAUGAAAAUUUUCGCCAACAUAUCUUUCUUUAUACAAAAGAAUUAUUCCAUAUAACACCGAGUGAACAGUACGUUGAGCAGUUAGCUAAACGUGUUCAACAAAUACUCAAUAUUCAUCGUGCAUUGUAUUUAGCAGUAAUCGGAAAACUUUUACCACACGUUUUAUAUGAGAAAAUUGAAUUAAUACUGAAGUUCUAUCAGUCGCAUCGGCAUUUAAUAAAUGCAAAGACACGUCGUUUCAUAGUUGACUGCGUCGAAAGUGAGAAAAAACAGACUCGAAAGGAAGAAUGCGAUGUAGUAAUUGGUAUAAAAUUAAAAUUUUGGCCUCAGAUAACUCAUUCGCGUUUGAAUUACCUACGUCAGAAUAAACAUCGAAUUUAUGAUAUUAUUAAAAAUGGAAUUGUCUAUUUAAUACCAAAAUGGUGUGGACGUACAAGUUUGAAUGACGAUGCACCCUAUGAAUUCCGUUACUCUUUUUCAGAAGUUGAAGGGCUAUUGGCUAAUAGUCGCACAGUAACGGAGCAGACAUUGAAUAAAAUCGCUCGUGCAAUAUUCUAUAAGCAUAUAAGAAAACUGAACUCUGAGGACGAAGCUGACAGCGAAAACACACCAAAUUAUGUGAAAUCAUAUUUCAUAAAGACAUGUGUCUUAUGGAUAUGCGAAGAAAAUAAUAUUUAUAAACAAAAUUUCGAUGAACACCAAUUAACGACGAUGUUUAUUGAAUACGCUAAAGAAAAGCUAAAAUCAAACUACUGUGCACAUUACUUUAUUGAAGGUAUUAAUAUUUUAAAUGACUACGACCAAAAAGUGAUGAAUGAUGUUCAUGAAAUCCUUUGCAAUGUUCAACAAGAAGCAAAGGACAAAACAGACGAAAAGGGAAUUGAACCAGAGAUGACUAUUUGUGCAAAUAUUUUUGAUUUGGAAGUACAACAACUCUGUGAACUUAUUGAAAACUUUCGUCGUUCACAAUCCAAGCAUUUCGGUAGUUAUGGACCUUUGUAUCUGGA